CAGGAUAACCGCAAUUGUUACUUUGGAAAAGAAUACUCCCUCAAAUACUAUAAAUACUACACAAUGUCUAAUUGCGAAAAUGAGUGUAUUGCAAAUUUAACAUAUAAUGAGUGCGAAUGCAUUCGGUAUUACAUGCCGAGGAGUGAGGAACAGCCCAUUUGUGGGGUGAAAAAGUACAACUGUUCAGAGAGGAUAAUAAGAAGACUGUUAAAAGAAGGACUUGUGCAAGAUGUGCCGCCCUACAAUGGCGUGUAUCUAAUAUGUUCUAAAUCUUUCACUUGUAGGAUAAAUAAAAACGUGUCGAUCCUGCAUGUCCACUAUUUAACAGACUCAACAUAUCCGAAACAGAGGAAAGAGUUGUUCGGAUUUAUCGACCUUGUUUCAAACACUGGCGGUCUACUCGGCCUCUGCAUGGGAUUCAGUGUGCUCAGCGUGAUGGAGAUAAUUUACUUUUUCACGCUACGACUCUACUGUCAGACACGUUCGGGAAGAAAUUUGGGACAUAGAGUUACCAGAAUGGCAAAUAGAAUGUGGCGAAAAGUAGGACAACUUGGUAGCGUUGGAAAACCCACAAAUGUGACGACGUUCCACUUUCCUCGUGGAAUUGAUGACAACAAUUUUCGUUGUCACGAUGAACUACGCAGCGUAAAUGUAGUCAAAUUCAAGAAACAAAUAGAAUACUGGGGAGAAAAUGCGGGCGACUCUGUGUUGUAAGGCAUGGAAAACUAAAAGUGUAGGAUUAAUACACAUGUACCUUCACAAUUUAAUCCCAUUAAAAGUUAUAUGUACAUAUGUGUAAUACACAGAUGUAUUUUGAUGAAUUUCUUAUGCUACGCGAGCUUCAAUUUUGAUUUAAUUGACAACAAACAUACAUAUGCUUGGUACUAUUAAGCCUGA